GAAGCUGGAGCUAGAAAAAAAUAAUUAAUAGUAAAAUUAAAUAAAUUAAUGAUAAAUAAUAAAUUCACAUAAUUAUUUAUUUUUAAAAUAAAAUGACAGCUGUCAAAACUAAAAUGAUUGUUUAUUAAAUAAUGAUGUAAAUAAAAAACAAAUUUGUAUUUAAAUAGAUAACAGAUUUGAAAAGUGAACAGUCGAAUAAACUGAAAAAACGCGCUCACAACUAAAGUGUGUCCGGCGCGUCGUGGUGUUGUCCAACACAAAAUUUUUUUUUAUCCGAUUUAAAGUUUAUUGAUUUACAAUAAUUGUUUUUUAUAAAUAUAUUCAUUAUUUUAAUUUUUAUUUUAAAUACAACAAUAAUGAAUGAAUGCCAGAUAUAUUUUAAUUUAAAAUUCAAAAUAUCAGUGUGGACUAUUUGCUAAGUUUGUAAAAUAAAUUAUUCAUCUAAGUGUCAAGUAAUUAACUUAUUUAUUCAAAAAUUUAUAAUAUUUUUACUUCAGUACAUAUUUAUUAUUUAAUUACCCGUAAUUUUGUACAAAAAAAUCAUAAUGGUUAAAGGACGAAGAAAACGCGGCUCGACGGUUUCUGUCAUGACGCGUUCGUCGGCUUUGGUAGAAACGAACGGAUCAAUUGUUUCGCCGCUUAAAAAAGAAAUUAAGUUGGAGAAGGAUCAAGGGGAGAAUAGAAAGCUCGGCAUGGGUCAAAGGAAAAAAAAUAACCCAUUGAAAUCUCCUGUAUCUAUUACGUCAUACUUUACAAAGACUAAUGGAUUCAAUAAUACAAUAUCAAAUGAAAAGAUAACGGAGUUUAUUAAAACAGAAGAUGUGUUAUUUAAAGCUGAGCAUGACGUUAAAGAAGAGAUUGACGAUAAUUCUCCAAUUGAAAAAUUAUUUAAAACUGACGAAACACCAGUGGCGGUACCAUGUCAGAACCCAUCUACACCCCAUCGGAUUAAUAUGCCGACAAUCCAAAGCGACGAUUCGGACACACGAAGUUCAACAGAAAGCAAUGACGCUAAACCUAUAACGGAAGUUGUUAUCAAUGGACACACAACAAAAGACAAGGAAGUGAGAAAAAAAAUAACAGGAAAUGUACGGGGAAAAUUAAAAUACACGGAACCUAUUGUUAAUGUUAAUUCAACAAAAUCAGCGGCAGCAAAAACAAAUCAUAAAGUAACUGAAUAUUUCCCUGUACGACGUAGUGUAAGGAAGUGUAAAAAGACUGUACUUGAAGAGAAGCAACGCGAUCUCGAGAACAAGGUAUUAUGUCAGGUAGAAGAAGGUCUGAUGGUCAAGCAUUUUGUUGGCAAAGGACGCGGUGUCGUGACGACACGUGAAUUUAAAAAAGGGGAAUUUGUUGUUGAGUAUAUCGGUGACUUGAUUGAUCAGGUCGCUGCUAAAAAACGUGAGGCUGAGUAUGCUAAAGAUCAAAAUACUGGUUGCUAUAUGUAUUACUUCCAGCAUCGUAAUCAUCAGUAUUGUGUUGAUGCCACAGCCGAGACUGACAAACUCGGCAGACUUGUAAAUCAUUCACGUAAUGGAAAUUUGAUAGCCCGUGUUAUUGAAGUUGAAUCAACACCACACCUAGUGCUGACAGCUAAGGAAGACAUUCCCGUGGGUGUUGAAAUAAAUUACGAUUACGGUGAUCGUAGUCGUGAGGCCAUUCAGAAUCAUCCUUGGCUUCUUCUAUAACUGAUCAUUUAUUUCAUUAAGAUAGACAAUUUUAUUUUUAAAAUUAAACAACUCAACCUGAUAUUACAGGUGGAUUUAUUUUACUACUGCCAAUUGGUAUUUAUCAAUCAGAUAAAAUAAUUCAAGAAAAUUCGGUAGUAAUUAAAAAGAAAAAAAUAAUUAUUAAUAAUUAAUAUUGUCAUCACAUAAAAUACUAUAAACCUGCCGUUAAAGGCUAGCGAUCUGAAUUUAUAAUUUAAAUGUGGACACUGUAGUCGCUGCAGUGCAUUUAAUAACUAGAGUAGGAUAGUUUAAAAAAAAAAAUAUUUUAAUUGUGUUGAGAGAAUUCGCCCUUAAAUGUUCAAUAAAAUAAAUCCUAGUUCAAUAAAAUUGCACAUUUAGGUAGAUAAAUUUUGGUUCAAUUUAGAUAGUAACAUGCACAUUGUUAUCAUUAUCUUUAUUGUUAUUUAAUUCCACUAGUUUUUUUAUACUUGUUGUUGUGAAUUAAAUAAUUAAUUAUAAAAAAAAAUUAUUUUUUUUUGCAAAUGAUCGAACAAUUUAAUUGCUAGACACUGCCAAAAAAUUGCGCUUCGUAUCAUAGUUAAAUCAAAUUAACCACUAAUUGUUUUCGUACAAAGAUAUACUUUUUUUUUUAUUUGGAAUGUUUAUAACAAUCAAUCCUUAAUAAUAAUUGUAGUAAUAUAUAUCCUCAAAAAAAAGAUUUCAAUUAUAAUCUACUGUAGUAUUUUAAAUUUAAUUAGUAACUGCCUUUGGUUUAUUGUGACGGUUCUUCGUGAAUUAAUUCAUGACAUCAGAUCAUUAAUUAAAGAUUGUAAAUACAUAAAAAACAAAAAAUUAUUAUUUUUAAAUAUCUUAUAAUCAAAUUUACAAAUAAACAAUUUAAUGCAAGUAUUGAAUCGAUUAAAAAUUUUUUUUAAUUAAAAAUUUACAAGGCUUUUAAAUAAAAAUUUUUUUUAUUAGUUUUAAUUAGUUGGUAUAAAAAAUAUAAAUUCACAAGAUUGUCUUAUUGUAAUCUGUACACUACAUUUUAAUUAAACAUUUAAUAAAAUACUAGAUUUAUUUCAUUUAUCACUAACAUUUAUUUAUAAUUAGUUACAAAUUACAAUCAUUGUAUUUAUUGAUUAGUUUUUUUUAGAAAUUCCUUGAAAAAAUGACCGCAAGUGUGACUUGGUCUAAAUUUAAAGUCUUCGCGCUAUUUAUUUUUUUUGCAAAAUUAAAAAAUGAUCGUGUUUUUAAUUUUAAAUUUGAAUUCGUUUUAUUUAUUAUUAUGUUUUUUCGCACUCAAAAACAAACAAGUGUAAAAAGUAUGAUACUGAAAUUAGCCGUCUAAUAAUUUUUGAAUUUUUUUAAAAACGAUAAAUUCAAACAAAUAAUUGCACCUAUAGGUUUUCAA